AGCAAACCAUAGCUAAAGCCUGUAAUCGCCCCGGUCUACUAUCGUAGAGUCUCCCCAUCGACUCUGUCCACCACGACGAGCCUUCGGACGCUGUCGUGCUCCGCACAUUCCUUUGCAUCCUUUGUCCGGUCGAGUCGACACUCCAUUUUUGCCGGAUCUGCGUAUCGACUCGAUCAUUCUAGAUUGAGGAGCACCAUGGCAGCUCAAGUACAGCACGACGCCCCAGCUGGGUCCGUCGUCAUCAUGGAGAAGACUGGCAAGCGAGACUAUCUUAUAGACAUUGCCAAGGAGGCGCAAGCUUCCUGGCAAUCCCAACAUGUCUUUGAGACUGAUCCCGCUCCUCUGCCCGAGGGCAUCAGUUCCUACGCCGAGUUCUUCGCCAAGGGCAAAUCCAUGGAAGAAGUUCACGAGCAGCAUCCGAAAUGGUUCGGAACAUUUCCUUAUGCCUAUAUGAAUGGUCAACUGCACAUGGGUCACGCUUUCACCAUUUCAAAGAUUGAGUUUGCCGCUGGGUUUGAGAGGAUGAGGGGUAAGAGAGUGCUGUUCCCUCUGGGAUACCACGUCACCGGAAUGCCCAUCAAGGCUGCGGCUGAUAAACUCAUUCGAGAGAUGGAGAUGUUUGGCGAAGACUUCAGCGGGUACAAGCCUGAAGAGGACCCCGCUGCCGACAAACCCGCUUCCUCAUCGAAACCCGCCGAAAGCAGCGACCCCUCAAAAGGCAAAAAGGGCAAACUCACCGCCAAAUCGACAGGUCUGACCUACCAAUUUCAAAUCCUCGAGCUCUCCGGUGUGAAGCGCGAGGAGAUCCCCAAGUUCGCCGACACGCAAUAUUGGCUCAAAUACUUUCCUCCCAUUGCGAAGGAUGAUCUGAGUGUCCUUGGAGCGAGGAUCGACUGGAGGAGACAAUUCCUGACGACCGACGCGAACCCCUACUAUGACUCGUUUGUGAGGUGGCAGAUGAACCGACUGCACGACCAAGGCAAGAUCAAGUUUGGACUGAGGUACACUAUCUACUCACCAAAAGAUUGUCAACCAUGCAUGGAUCACGACCGUUCGAGCGGAGAGGCUGUCAAUCCGCAGGAGUACACUGCUGUGAAGAUGGAGGUGCUGGAGUGGGGUCCCAAAGCCAAGAGCGAAAUGCUGCAGGCUAUUGGCGGAAAAAAAGUUUGGCUGGUGGCUGCAACCCUGAGACCAGAGACAAUGUACGGGCAGACAAAUUGUUUUGUUGGACCCACGCUCGAUUAUGGCCUCUACGAGGCCGGAUCUGACCUCUUCCUCAUCACUGACCGUGCUGCACGAAAUAUGGCUUUCCAGGGAACUUUCGGAGGAGAACGCGGAGAAUACAAAAAAGUAGUCGACGUCAAGGGAGAAGAGGUCAUUGGAACCAAGGUUCGCCCGCCGUUCGGCCUCGUUGAGGAGGUUUAUGUUUUGCCAAUGGAGGGUGUCCUUGCGACCAAGGGAACUGGUGUCGUCACCUCUGUGCCUUCCGACUCGCCCGACGACUACAGGACGCUCAUGGAUCUGCGCAAAAAGGCUGAUAUGUACAAAAUCAAGCCUGAAUGGGCCGCGGUGGACCCGAUACCUGUUCUGUCCACGCCGAAAUACGGUGACAUGGCCGCCGAAGUCCUCUGCAAAGAGCUCAAGAUCCAGAGUCAGCGUGAUACCAAACUUCUAGCAGAUGCCAAAGAGCUCGCAUAUAAGGAGGGAUUCUACAAUGGUGUCAUGACCGUUGGAGACUUCAAGGGCGAGUCGGUGCAAGAUGCUAAACCGAAGGUUCGACAGCAAAUGAUUGAUGCUGGUGUGGCCGUGCCAUAUGCCGAGCCUGAGAGUGAAGUCAUCUCCAGAAGUAGCGAUGUCUGUGUGGUCGCUCUGAUUGAUCAGUGGUAUCUGGAUUAUGGGGAGGAGAAGUGGCGGGCACAGGCGUCCAAGGCUCUCGCUCAGAUGAACACGUAUUCUGCCGAGACGAGAAAUGGAUUCGAAGGUGUUCUCAACUGGCUGAAUCAGUGGGCAUGCGCUCGAUCCUUUGGUCUUGGAACGAGACUGCCAUGGGACCCGCAAUUCCUCGUCGAAUCUCUGUCCGACUCUACCAUCUACAUGGCGUUCUAUACCGUCGCGGAUCUGCUGCAAAAGGACAUGUGGGGUCGCGAGCCUGGGCCUCUGGGUGUCACGGCGGAGCAAAUGACGGACGAGAUGUGGGACUAUGUCUUUGGAUCCGCGCCUUUCCCCUCGGGAUCCAACGUGCCGGAGGAGAAGGCGGCUCAGCUCAAGUAUCACUUCAACUACUUUUACCCUCUGGAUGUGCGAUCGUCCGCCAAGGAUCUCAUUCCGAACCACCUGACAUUCUGGAUUUACAAUCAUACUGCCCUAUUCCCGGAGAAGCACUGGCCCAGAGCCGUGCGAUCCAACGGUCAUCUCAUGCUGAACGGGAAGAAAAUGUCAAAGAGUACUGGAAACUUCAUGACCAUGCGGGAGGCUAUCGAGAAAUACGGUGCGGAUGCGACUCGGCUCAGUCUUGCCGAUGCGGGUGACGAAAUCACGGACGCCAACUUUGAGGAGACUGUUGCUAAUGCCGCCAUCCUCCGUCUGCACACAGCGGCCACCUGGGCAGAGGAAAUGAAAGAAGCCUCUGUAUCGCUGAGGACAGGCGAAUACAAUCAGUUUGACCGCGAUUUCGAGGUCGAAAUGAACGAUCUGGUCGGUCAGACUUACCAAUCGUUUGACCGGAUGGAAUACAAGGCUGCGCUCAAGACGGGUCUGUAUGACCUCGAGAUAGCCCGAAACUGGUACCGAGGUGUCUGCAACCCGGAGAACGGAGGGCCAGGGAUGCACAAAGACCUCGUUUUUGAAUUCAUCCGCAACGCAGCUCUAAUGAUUGCGCCGUUCACACCUCAUUAUUCAGAACACAUUUGGCACAAUGUGCUCAGCGAGACAUCUUCUAUACAGACCGCGCAAUUCCCCAAAUGGACCCCUGUUGAUCCCAAAUCCGUGGCCCAGCUCGACUACAUGCGAAGUAUCGUUGAUAACAUGCGAAGUGCCGAGGCGACGCUGCUCAAGCGAAACAAGAAGGGAUCUCCCAUGCUUUACGACCCCAACAAGCCAAAGGCUGUCAGGUUUUACGUCGCAUCCGAGUUUCCCGAGUGGCAGACGCAAUGCGUUGAGAUUCUCAGGAGGGCCUGGAACGGCAAGGAGUUUGACGAUGUCAAAAUUCGAGAAGAGCUGGCCAAGGUCGGUCUUGCGCAGGAUAAGAAGGACAAGAAGACGAUGCCAUUUGUGCAGGCGUUCAAGCGAAAAGUCGCGCAAUCGGGUGAAUCGGCAUUCGACCGAAAUCUGCCAUUCUCAGAAUACGAUGUCAUUGUCCUGCUCAAGCCGUACAUCCAGGGCAACCUCAAGCUCGCGGAGCUCGAUGUCAUCUCGACAAAGGACGCUCUGGCACGCGUGGAGAAGGAGGGAGAGUCGGAAUCGCUAUCACGAGAGCGGAUAGAGAGCGCAGAGCCCGGCACGCCCGGCAUGCAGUUCUGGAACGUGUAGAUGAUCGUCAUUAUCAUUCAUGAAUA